AACAUAAAACAAAGUUCAAUUAGCAAAAAAACCCAGAUUAAUAAAAAUACAACACAAGAUGCAUUAAACUAUCCAUUAUCUGAAAAUGAUCCUGAAUCAAGUUUCCUAUUAGAUGCUGAAAAUGACAAUGAUAAAGAGCUUGUAUAUGAAAUAAAAGAUCUUAAAGAACUUGUAGCUAUGAAUUUUUUAAAUUGUGAAGAGAGUAAGUAUAUUAAAUUUUUAGUUAUUAUCAAAUUAAAUAAUAAAUUUAUCGAAAAAGCUUUAUCAAAUGAAAGGGAUUAA